GGGUUAUGGUUACAGUGAGUAAAUCUUCUUAAUGGCUACCCAGUUGUUAAUUCCAAGAGCAUCAACCAAAUAUCUCUCUUAUCUCCGUAAUUACUUGAGACCCGUUCACUCUUUGUCCAAUUUUUAUAAUAAAUCUUGCUCCGGAAAUUCCAGGGGCUUUGCCUCCGAACCAAAUUACAAUAUCAACGAAGCCGGUGCCACUGCUUUGGGCGUCGAUAAUCGUGUCCCGGCCACCGUCAUUACCGGAUUCCUUGGUUCUGGAAAGACCACUCUACUGAAUCACAUUCUAACGGCUCAACAUGGCAAGCGGAUUGCUGUCAUUGAAAAUGAGUUUGGCGUGGUAGAUAUUGAUGGAUCAUUGGUCGCUAGUCAUUCCUCUAUGUCUGAAGACAUUGUCAUGGUUAAUAAUGGGUGCCUCUGCUGUACAGUACGCGGAGAUCUGGUUAAAAUGCUCCUGGAGUUGGCUAGGAAAAAAGGAGAUAAAUUUGAUCAUAUUGUUAUAGAAACCACAGGCCUUGCUAAGCCAGCACCAGUUAUAGAAACAUUUUGUGCCGAUGAACUGGUUUCAAAGUAUGUUAAUCUUGAUGGAGUUGUCACAUUGGUUGACGCCAAGCAUGCUAUGCAACAUUUGAAUGAAGUAAAACCAAGAUUUGUGGUGAAUGAGGCAGUAGAACAAGUUGCUUAUGCUGAUCGUAUUAUUUUGAACAAGAUAGAUUUAGUGACUGAGACUGAAUUGCAGAGUUUAACAGAGAAAAUCAAGCAUAUCAAUGCGAUGGCACCGAUUAAACUAGCUAAAUAUGGAUCCGUUGACAUGGAUUUUGUUUUGGGUGUUGGAGGAUAUGAUCUUGAAAGAAUCGAUUCUGAAGUUCACGUGGAUAGUUCUCAUUGUGCAACCCAGCAUCAUGAAACUGGGCAUGGGCACCAUGAAGGGCAUCAUCAUGAUCAUGUACAUGAUUCUGCCGUAUCGAGUGUUAGCAUUGUUUCAGAGGGAACUCUUGAUCUUGAUGAGGUUGAUGAUUGGCUUGAAAGAUUGAUAGAAGAAAAAGGGGAGAACUUGUACAGAAUGAAGGGUAUCUUGUGUGUGAAUGGUUCUGAUCAGCGUUACGUAUUCCAGGGGGUUCAUUCCAUGUUGGACGGUUGCCCGGGCAGAACAUGGGGAGCUGAUGAGAAGAAAAUCAACAAGAUCGUCUUCAUUGGAAGAAAUUUGGAUGAAACUGCCCUUUUUCAAAAGAAGUUUUCACUGACUCCUCUUCUUUAUUUGCUGGAGUGGGGUUACACUUGUUGUUCUAUUUAUUGGGUGUAUCCUUUUGCAGGCCUUGCUAAGCCAGCACCAGUUAUAGAAACAUUUUGUGCCGAUGAACUGGUUUCAAAGUAUGUUAAUCUUGAUGGAGUUGUCACAUUGGUUGACGCCAAGCAUGCUAUGCAACAUUUGAAUGAAGUAAAACCAAGAUUUGUGGUGAAUGAGGCAGUAGAACAAGUUGCUUAUGCUGAUCGUAUUAUUUUGAACAAGAUAGAUUUGGUGACUGAGACUGAAUUGCAGAGUUUAACAGAGAAAAUCAGGCAUAUCAAUGCGAUGGCACCAAUUAAACUAGCUAAAUAUGGAUCCGUUGACAUGGAUUUUGUUUUGGGUGUUGGAGGAUAUGAUCUUGAAAGAAUCGAUUCUGAAGUUCACGUGGAUAGUUCUCAUUGUGCAACCCAGCAUCAUGAAACUGGGCAUGGGCACCAUGAAGGGCAUCAUCAUGAUCAUGUACAUGAUUCUGCCGUAUCGAGUGUUAGCAUUGUUUCAGAGGGAACUCUUGAUCUUGAUGAGUAA